AUGAAUUCGAUUUUUCAGAAGAAUUUCACGCUAAUUGCAGCUGUAAUUUGUCUAGUGGCCAUUGUACAUGUAUUUCCAGCUGAUGCAAAUUCAGAAAAGACCAUUCCCAUCUCAAAAUUCAGCCAAAAUGUUGCACCCACAAUGACUAUACUUUAUUGUUACUCCUGUGGCUACCGGAAGGCCUUCGAUGAUUACGUGAGCAUCCUCAAUGAGAAGUAUCCGGAGAUUCUCGUCCGGGGCGCAAACUACGACCCAUCGGGGUUCAACAUGCACCUCUCGCGGAUUGUCUUGCUCACCAAGCUCAUCCUCAUUGUCGUGAUUGUGUCGUCAUUCGAUCUUUUUGGCUACCUCAGACAACCAAUUCCCGGAUGGUGGCGAUGGUGCAUUGAGAACAAAAUCUACGCGUGUAUGAUGAUCUUCUUUGUGGGAAAUAUGAUUGAGGCACAACUCAUAUCCUCAGGAGCUUUCGAGAUUGCCCUCAAUGAUGUCCCCGUGUGGUCAAAACUACAAACGGGACGUAUUCCUGCUCCACAGGAGCUCUUUCAAAUAAUCGAGAGUCAUUUGCAGUUCAACGAUAAACUAGAGCAAAAUCCCAACUAUGUGAAAUAGAUGAGGGGGUGUACACAGUACUGACCUCACCCCUCAAUCUCACCCUGGUGUCCUCAUCGUGUGUGUGUCGUGGUUAAAGAAACAAACGGUUAUUUAUCUUUGAGAGAAGAGUGGCAUAGAGAAGAAUCCUGCGAAGAAAAUUUUAUGUAUGUAUAAUAUUCUUUCUUUCCUUUCUUGGUAGAAUCAUCCCCACAUAUUUUCCUUUUUCUUUCUUUUGUGUAAAAAAUAAAAUAAAAUAAAUCCCCGUGGAUGGGCAGUUAAAUCGCGUACUAAAGAUUGUUUUAUGAUAUUGAAUAAAUAAUGAUAAAAGAGUAAUACAAA